UUCUGGGUCCUAGGCUCAUGGAAAACCGCAAACCAUUCCAGCUGAAAAACACCCUCAUAGUCUACAACUUUGUACAAGUCAUCUUCAGUGCCUGGUUAUUUUAUGAGAUCGGUGCAGCGGGUUGGCUAACGGGACAUUAUAACUUCCGAUGUCAACCAGUCGACUAUAGUAACCACCCUAGAACGUUAAGGAUGGUUCAUGCGUGUUGGUGGUACUACUUUUCCAAGUUCACGGAAUUCUUCGAUACGUUCUUCUUUGUGAUGCGUAAAAAAACUAGUCAAGUGUCGACGCUGCACGUCAUCCACCACGGAGUGAUGCCAAUGUCGGUGUGGUUCGGCGUCAAGUUCACUCCAGGUGGCCACAGUACCUUCUUCGGAUUGCUCAACACCUUCGUGCACAUCGUCAUGUACUCGUACUACCUGUUCUCCGCGCUCGGCCCACAGUUCCAGAAGUAUCUCUGGUGGAAGAAGUACCUCACCACCCUCCAGAUGGUCCAGUUCAUUGCCAUCAUGGCGCACGCCUUCCAGCUGCUGUUCAUCGACUGCAACUACCCGAAAGCCUUCGUCUGGUGGAUCGGAAUGCACGCCGUCAUGUUCUUCUUCCUGUUCAACGAGUUCUACCAGAGCACCUACCGGGCGAACAAGAUCAGGGCCGAGGCUGCCGCAGCCAAACGGGAAGCUGACGCCAAGGCCGCCAAUGGUCUCACGAACGGCAGUGCCAACGGAAUCGCUAACGGUAACGGCGUCCACCACCAGUACAGCAACGGACACCAUCACGGGAAGAACGGCUCCGUGGUGUCAUCGCACAGCAACGGCAGCAGCAAUGGUAGCGCAACACCACUGCUCAACGGAUCCAGUAACGGAUCGUUGCUGUCCAACGGUGUCAGUAAGACGGCGACCGACUACUACGUGCGGGGAGAUCUCCCGGCCGAGAUCGAAAUCACGCAACGACAGCCGAGUAGCCGCAGCCAAAACCAAUAAUGCUAGGGGUUAAUUCAGGUUUAAAAUUUCCAACAAAUUCACGAAAACACACACACGCUCACAUACAUUCACACAAAAGUUGAAAUCCAAUCCCGUGACAUACCUUUCUCAGAAUCCCUUCAAACAACUGUUCCGCUGCCCGUAUUUUCGUUUCUGGCAGCACUUUCCCACCUAUGGUAUCUAUAUACAGUCUAACCUCUAUACAGUCUCCAAAACUAAACGCACACUUACACACAUACACUCCCCACAAACACACACACUGAAUAGUGGUUUCUGUUGUUAUGAUUAAUUAAUUUAUUGUAAAAUUCUUUAUUAUAAUUACGAUUACACACUCACACCACACACCACACCCAGCUAUUGUUUGUUGUGUUUUAGUUUUAUCUGCGUCAGCGGCUGUUAUCAAACUCGUUUUCGUAGCCAUUGUCUCCGUAUUUGUUUUUUUUUUUUUUUUUUAAUAAAACCGAAAUCAAUUCGGUACAAUCCAUGUCAUUAGCGAACUCAAACUCAGACACACAAGCUCGAAUACAAUCGAUGCAUUCGCAUCGCCGCCGGGAGAAAGAAAACCACAAGCAAAAGACAAAACUUAACAUUGGCGAUCCUCCCGAUUUUCUACAUAUUUUUUUUAUUCCAAAUCUUGGUGCCCAACCAUUAGAACUUUACCACAAACAUUGAAUAAGAAUAAUGUCCCGGCGUUAAACCUGAUGAUUGAAAAUUUAAACAAAACAAAAACCAGACCAGCACAAAUACGAAAACAUGUACAUAGCAUACCCAAUGGAUUAACCAAAAGCAAUUCAAAUUACAAAGCCAAAAUUGAAGGAAAAAAACAAUCAAACACUCAAAAAAAAAGCAAACUAUCUUUCUCGCUCUCGUUCGUUCUCUCUCACUCUAUUGUGGGUCGAUACAUAACAAGCGAGAGGGAGGAAGGGCGGAGCGUGCUCCACGAAAAACAAUGGUGAUCGAUGUGUUUGCGCCAACGCAACCCGCUAUUGAAACUGUUGUUACCUUUAUUUAGAAAUUUUAAAUAAAGUUAGUAGCUUGAGUGCGGUGCAGCCAGGAACAAAGAGAUAGCAGCCAGGCAGACAAUGAGUUUACUGAAGCGCAACUGUCCUAAAACCUAAAACAAUACAAAGCAACAACAAAAAAAACAACAUCAGCAACAAAAUACACACACAAAAAAAAAGAAAAAUAUGAACGUUAACGCGUAUGUUUGAUUCUGUUUGCUGGUUGAUUGGUUUGGUUUGGUUGAGAGAUGAGAGCCGAGAUUGAUCUUCUGUGUUAACCGCGUGCCGAGAGAUAGGAGAAAAACGCAAAGCAAAAGGAGAAAGAGAAAAGAUAGAUGGUGCGAAUGAGCGAGACAGGCAAUUAAAUUUUGUACAUAGUUUAGCUAACCUAAUUGAGUAAGCGAUAAGAGCCGAGCAAAGGAUGAAACAUGAAAAAACCAAUAGAUGAUAAGUGAUAAAAUUUGAUGAGAGAAACCUACCUACGAGAAACUGAGCAAACUAAACAAGGAAAUAUACUGAAACACAAGGGCAAAAAAAAUAAACACACACAUUAAAUAGAGAAAAAAAACUAAAUGCAACUAUGUGGUGGUGAGAUUUUUCCAAGGCGAGUAGCAAAGCAACAAGAUUUUUUCCUGUUGUUUAUGUUUCAUGUUUGUUUUUAAGUUUUCUGUGGAACUUAUAGAUUCUUACUCCUGGCAAUAAAAGGUUGGUUGUUUUAUCUUUUUUUUUCUUUUUAUAUACACAUCUAUGUUAUAAGUAAGUAGUUCUACAAAAAAAAAACAAGACACAGAAAAAAAAGAAAGAGAGGAAAUAUAAAAUCGUGUAUGUUUAGAAGCUUAAUUUGAUAGUUAUUUUCAAACUCUACCAAAACCGAAACAAAACUCAACUUCUUGUUACAGUUUGCUGUCAAAUUUUCCCGAUGGACGGAGUGAGCUAGGUCGUCUUUCAUAUACAUUUCUUCCUCUUGCACAACAAAACCAAACAGAAAAUAUCCUUUCCAAAAAUCUAACAUCCAUUAAAACAAAAGGGAACAAGAAUGUUUUUUAUUUGAAAUGUUGGCGCCUGUUAUGAUUGAAUGACAACACACAGCAGAAGCAAGUAAACAGAACACAAAAAAGUAAACAAACGAAUAUUUAAACUCUAAUGUGAUUUCUUUAUUUUUUGUAAGGAAAGUAAGCGAAAUUUAUAAGGACGAAAAAGCGUUUGAAAAACAAAAAAAAUACACAAAACAGCUGAAGCCUACGGCAGAAUCAUAAACAAAAAUACAGUAGUAGAUCGCAUUGAAUCGAUGCUCCGUGUCAAUGUUGCUAAAACGCAUGAAAAGUACAGUAGUUGAAAUUGCAAAAAGUGAAAUAAGUAAACUAAAAAGCUAAUCAAAUAUACAACUGCAUAGAUGAAAACAGUGAAACCCCGAGAACAAAUAUUGAAAAUAAAAAAAAAAAGAAC